UGAUCCAAAAUGUCGUCAACUGCGUCCUAACCCGAAAUAAGGACGUACGUAACGUACUUUACCUAGCGCCUGUUCUCUGUGACGCUGUUGCGGCGAAGCUCCAGAGCUCGAGCUCGUAACGGCGGCGAGAGAAGUCAUCGCUUCUCCUGCUGCUAUUUAGCACACUGCGUAGGGUUACAGCAGGUUGAGCCUGGGACCAGCUGUCCUCCAAGAUGAACCCUUAUGAGUGAAAGUAACCUAUUAAAUAAAAGCCAUGCCUGAAGAUUAGAGCCACCUUCUGCUUACAGCAAUACAAAUAUACAGAGGAUUCUACAUGACUCUUCAUGUAGACCUUCCUGUGUUUGUCCUGCUGGAUUGAGUCCUUCCUCUCCUACUAUAAUAUCAGCUCUCUCCCAAUCAUACCGCUCCCUCUUGCACUUUCAUGUCCACCUGGAAACAUGUAUUUUCUUUUGAGAAUGGCUCCAACCUAGUCUCAUGCAUCCAAUGAGUGGAGAGUCAGACGGCCCUGCUCCUGAAAGAGUCUCGCGGGCCUUCCCUUUGUCAGGCCCUGUGUCCUCCUCAGAGAUGUCCUCACUGCAGUCACUAGGGCCAGUGCAGAGCUGGCUGGGUCAGGAGCUGGAGAAAUGUGGCAUAGAUGCAAUGAUCUACACCCGUUAUGUCCUUAGCCUGCUUCUGCAUGACAGUUAUGACUAUGAUCUGCAGGACCAGGAAAAUGACAUCUUUCUGGGCUGGGAGAAGGGAACAGGGAAGAAAUGGGGGAAGAGCAAGAGGAAGGGAGGGACUGACCUUACUCUUGAAGAGAUGAAGAAACAAGCUGCUGUGCAAUGUUUGCGUUCAGCAUCUGAUGAAAAUUCUGGAAUUGAAAGCUUGGUUGAGGAGCUGUGCUCUAAACUCAAGGACAUUCAAAACAAACAGAAAGAAAAAGUAAAGCAAGGAAAUAAAAAAUCUGAUAUAUCUCAGUCUCCUGAACCAGAUGAAUCAUUUUCUUCUAAGGACCAGGUUGAGAUGUACUAUGAAGCUUUUCCACCUCUCUCAGAAAAAUCAGUUUGUCUCCAAGAAAUGAUGACUGUGUGGAACAAAGCUAAAGCCUGCAACUAUUCCAGUUCAUCAUCAUCUGCUGUCCCUCAAACAAGCACAGACACAUCCUCUCCAAAAGACUGCAACAGCGAAGGUGAAGCUUUUAAAGACCGAAAAGUUGAUGUACCCAGUUCCAACACCACAAUCGGUGAGAGGGCUCAGCAGCGACGCACUAAGAGGGAGAAGGAAAACCGAUUCCAUGGAAGCGCAACAGGAGUGUGUGACGAUCAGGUUGCUCCUCAUAGUAAGAGACAGGCGAGACACCGGUCUGAAGGGAGGUUUCGUCCCAGAUCGUGGUCCUCUGGCUCUAGUGAGGCUGGCUCUAGCUCCAGCGGUAACCAGGGUGACCAGACCCUUAGUUGCAAAGCAGUGCGCAUAAGACACAAGUCUAGAGAGGUCAGCAGCAGAAAGAAAAGAGGCCGCAGUGGUGGCGGACAGGUCAAACUGGCCCUAAAAGUCAUCGACAAAGAAGAGUGGAAAAAUGCACGUGGCAACAUUAGUACCACUGGAGGCCCACCUAAGCAACAGCAGCACUACAUGAAAAAAGGCAAAAGACCUCUGAGGGAGAUCCGCAAAGAUGCUAAUCUGGCUGAGGCACAGGAGUCAGGAGGAGAGGUCAAUAAAAAGGAAUAUGUGGAAGAGCCACUUUGGUAUACAGAGCCCAUCUCAGAGUACUUUGUCCCUCUCAGUAGAAGUAAAUUGGAGACAAAGUAUCGGAGUAAAGAAGACUCUUCCAGUGACGUGGCCAUGUCCAUUGAUGUUGACUGUCUGUCAGAGAGAAUUCAAGGGAUCUGCAUUGCUAAUUCUUGUUUUCAAAGGGCAUACCUUGCAGCAGGCACUUUUGUGGAUGGUCACUUCAUUGAAGUGCCUGAUGAAGGUGAUGAAGAGGCUCCUGAACUAAAUGGGAUUCCAAGCCGCCCUCCUCCUGAAGAUGGUCAAAAUUUAGAUGACGAGCAUCUGUCUGAAUUCACUCACUUCUAUGAAGUUGAUUUUUACCAAUCCAUAUUGGAUCCUAGUGCCUCAGAUGCAGUACAAGAAAGCCGAAUCCUGAACAUGAUUCGGCAGAAGAGCAUUGAGCGAAAACACUUUGAAGCAGGAUGUGUAGAUUUAGAUGGCCUUGAGCUGCAAGGGGAAAGUGCAAUAAGGAUUGAUUCUCUGGGAGCCUCAGAAGCAGAUGUUUCUAUCACACAAGAUAUGGAAAAUAUUGCCCAGGUCUGGGAGUGCUGUUCAUCAUCUAGCUUGGAAGAUUUGGAAGGAGAAAGCUGUCUGGGUGACUCUCCAGUCAGACUCUCCCCAGUGUUGGACAGUGUUCCUUUUAGCUUUAGUAAACUGUCUGGUGCUUUUGUAGGGCAUCAUCUCCAAGAGGCCAGCAGUAGCAUCUCUGCCCUGAACUCCUGUUUUCCGCUUUUUGAGUUGCAGUACGAUAGCCCAACCUUUUCUUUUCCCUGCGACUCUCUUGCGGAGGGUCAGGACAAUGUAGAUUCAAGUAGCUGUUUAGAUCCACAAGGAAACAAACAAUCCCGUUUGCUAAUUUGGACCAAAAACAGUGCCUUUGAAGAAACUGAACACUGCUCUAAUUUAUCAACAAGGACCUGCAGUCCCUGGUCCCACUCAGAGGAGACCCGGUCAGAUAGUGAACAGAUCAAUGCUCCAGCGGAUGAAUCUGCUCCGUUUGGGAGUGAAGAGGUCAGUUGUAUUUCCCUUAUCCCACCGUUAUGCCUAGAAGAAGAACUUUUAGAUUUCUUUCAAGAGAACUCCAGUCACCAGCAGGAAGAAACAAGUGUAGGCACAGAGCCCAACCAGCCCUUCAAUAAGAAAUCGAAAUUGGAGUCUGUUUGUGGCAUAGCAUUAGAGCAGGAUGAGAGUAAACUCUAUAAUGCUGUUGUGUUUUCAGAUGUCCCAAAUCAACAAAGUGAUGAAUACACCUCAGGGAUAAUUAAAGACAUUUGGAUGGCUAUUGGAGACAGAGACUGUGUCUUAACACUUGGGGUAAAGAAUAAAAGGGAACACUUGUUUUCUGAUUCUACCAGCUACCAUUGCAGCUGUCUUGAAAAGGAUGUAAAAGGUGAAAUUAUUCAAAAGAAAGCCGUGCAGUGUUCGGAGUAUCAUCUUUGGGAUGGGCAGAAAGGAGAUGAGGGACUUCCUAAAACCAAGCUCUCUAAAAUGAAUGAUGGGGAUUACACGACACCGGCCAAGCCCUGGAAUUGUAAUUCACAGGACAGCACCUCCUUUAUCCUCGGUGGGGUUUAUGGAGAACUGAAGACUCUAAGUGGUGACAGAGAAUGGGCUAUGAUUCCACCUGGUGAUGCUUGUGGCAGUUUGUUGCAGUGUGCAGCAGCCACAUCUUCUGACAUGGUAACCAUAGCAGGAGCAGAUGUGUUUAUGAACACAAGCAGUUGCUUUGCUCCUGGCCACAAGCCAUUGUGGAGGCCUCUCGUGUCCCUUGGUCAAAAUGAGAAGGCUACCAAGGGACCCGGGGAUGGUUUGAAUAAGGGGUUUUCUGUUGUCUUCCAUGAAGAUUUACUGGGAUCGUGCGGAGGCUUUCGUGGAGAAGAGUCAGGACUGGAUUACGCAUUUUCAUCCUUUGAUUUGAACAACCCCUUUUCCCAGGUCCUGCAUGUAGAGUGCUCCUUUGAGCCAGAGGAUAUGGCUUCGUUCAGCUCGGGAUUCAAGCCAAAAUCCAUAUUAUGCUCUGACAAUGAACCCUUUUGCCCUUGGUUAUAUGGCAUCAACCGGACUCAGUAUCGGGCCAUUCGAAUUUCCCCAAGGACUCAUUUCCGGCCAAUAUCAGCCUCUGAACUUUCUCCAGGUGGGUGCAGUGAGUCAGAUGUAGAGUCUGAGAAAGAGGAAGCAAAUCUUCCAGUUGGUCAAGCAGACCUCUUUGAUGACCCACAGGCUGACCUCAAGCCUCUUGAGGAGGACGCAGAGUGCGAGGGCCCUUACUAUGGAAAAUCUGAGUUGGAGUCUGGGAAGUUCCUACCAAGAUUAAAGAAGUCUGGCAUGGAGAAGAGUGCCCAGACUUCACUCGAUUCGCAGGAGGGUGGGAGCACCCUUCUGCCGAUUACUGAACAAGAGGUUUGCGUACAUUGUGAGACUGCAGCGGUUUCUGUGCCAUGCUCUAAUGUUCAGUCCUCUUUUUUUCAACAAGAGGGAUCUAGCAAAGAGGCAGAGUCGUGCAAAUGCGCUGCAACUGAUCAGAUUCCAAAAAGUGGGAAGUCAUUUGAUGUUGCUCAAGAUAUGCAUGAGUUACCUCUGUUGAAUUUUGGAGAACAGUGCUUAACUAAUAUGCAGCAAGAAGAGUGCUGGUGGCAAAGUACUCUAUGUUCUCCUUUAUUUCCAGGUUCUCAGUGCGGAGGAAGCAGUAAUGUAUGAUUUUUCUGCUGAGCGUGGAGUUAUACCAAUGCUGAUUUCCUCCCAUCACUUUCAACCAAAAUGCAGAGGAAGGAUAGGAGGACCCUUACAAGAACAGUGAGCCCAUGGCCCGCAGUGGGCUCUUUCUUAACCACGCUCUCCUAAGGCCUGUUAUUCCUCAGCCAUUUCAUCUAAAACGGCGUAUCAUCAAGAUGAAAACAUAACGAGAGGAAAACAUGGCAGUCGGUUGAACGUACAGUUAGAUGAUUCUGGUCAACAGCAUUUAUUGUAGACUUGUUUUCAGUCUGUUAAUUCCAAGGUUGAUCAAUUUUGAAAAGAAUAAAAAAAGGCAUAGUUAAGUUUUAA